CAGCGGGCUCGGCCGCCAUGGACGGGGAGCCCUCCCGCAUCCCCGUGUACAGCGGGCCGCACCGCAGCGGGCCGCCCGCAGGUGCGUACGGGAGACCUUGCUCUGCCCUGCCGUGGGGCUGCGGGGGAAGCGGUGUCUGUAAGCGAGAUCCAGUGCCGCCCUGGCCUGUGCUGCCCGUCGCGAAGCCCGAUUACGGGCUUUAUUCAAGUGUCUUGUCCGCAUUUAAGGCUUCGGUGGACCCAUUUUUCGGCAAGGGCGCCUCUCUGGGCAGGGCGGGUGUUGCUGGGCGCCACGGGCGGGUCCGCUGUGCCGAACAGCGGCCUGGGGGCGCAGACCCUCCCCUUCGGUCGGCCUCGCAACCACCGACCGCAUCUCAGACGUGUGGGCGGGCCGGCUCGGCGUUAAAAACACGGGCUGUUCUGUAUCGGUGGGAAUUCCUGUGUUGCUCCAGUAUAAAUGUCCCUAUGGAAGUGCAACCGGCUUUUUCUUCAAAGAAACAAUGUGUCAGCAAAACAGCAGAUGUAGAGUUCAGCAAAGAUCCCAACUUUAACUUUAGCUCAAACGCUCCAGCAGAUGGUGUCUUCAAAGCCACAAACCAAGGGUUGCCUAAAUCUGCCAAGAAAGUGGAACCGCCCUCAAAGAAGAUGGCUACAAGAGGAGGAACUCUGAACAGAUACAAACUAGAAGCAGAACUGAAGAGCAAGAAUCAGCUGUUAGAAACAGCCAAACAACAGCUACAUUCCAGACUAACAGGAGCACAGGGCAUUAUAAAGGAUUUAAAGGAGGAGAAUGAAGGCCUGGUACAAGAAGUUGAGAAACUGAAGAAAUUUCAGGAGACUUGCAUGGUGAUUUUGGAGAGCAGAAACAUUGAUCCUGUUACAGGCAACAACAUUUUGGAGGAGGAAGAAAAGACACAAGAAUGCCAGAAGCAGACAACGCUGUUAACUGGGAAGCUCAUAGAAGAGUUGAGGCUAUUUAAUCAAACAGCUGCAAAAGAAAAGGAGGCGCUUCAGGCAGCGAUGGCCAAGUGGAAAUCUGCGGAAGAAGAGAGGCAGCAGUCCCUGGAGAAGCACUCAUCCUUCCAAGCGGAGAUUAAGGAAUGCUCAACAGUACUAGAUGAGCUGGAGCAGCUCCUGGUGAUGUGAGGCACAAGGACGGGACUCUUUGUCGUUUGUUUUUUUUUAAAUCUUUGACUCCUACUUUGCAAACCUGGUUCUUAUGUCUGGUGGUCUCACCAAUGCGCGGGUCACCACUCUCUGGGGGGGCAGCACCAGGAUGGAUGGUAGGGGGAGCACAGCAAGGGCUGCCCACCCCUGUCAGGCACUUGUUGCUCGUCCCCACCUGCCGGGCCAUGCCUGGGCCCCCCGCACCGGGGAACUUCCCUCGGUGGGGAACCCUCUGUAGUAUUCCAAAAAUCCCUGGUUUUAACCCAUUAAAUGUACUGGAAGGA